AUGGACACUUCGUCAGUCCUGCAGGGCGGGUACCAGCACCCUCUGUCGCGCUCAUGGCAAGCCCGUCGGCACCUCACCAAGUCGAUGUUCAUGUAUCCCAUCUUCAUCACGGACGACCCCAACGCGAGCGUCGAGAUCCUCUCCCUGCCCGGCCAGCGCCGCUGGGGCGUGAACAAGCUCGAGGAGUUCCUCGGACCGUUGGUCAAGAAGGGCUUGCAGAGCGUCAUCAUCUUCGGUGUGCCGUUCAACUGCGUGAAGGACGAGCGCGGUACGCCCGCAGAUGACCCCUCGGGUCCCGUCAUCCUCGCCGUGAAGAAGCUGCGCCAGCUCUUCCCCUCGCUCUACAUCGCCUGCGACGUUUGCCUCUGCGAAUACACCUCGCACGGGCACUGCGGCCUCUUCCGCCCCGACGGUUCCAUCGACCCCGUGCCCUCCGCGGCGCGCAUCGCCGAGGUCGCUCUCUCAUACGCGAAGGCGGGUGCGCACUGUGUCGCACCGAGCGACAUGAUGGAUGGACGCAUCAAGGCGAUCAAGCUCGCCCUGAUGAAUGGCGGAUACGGCAACCAAUGCACGCUGAUGAGCUACUCCGCGAAGUUCGCUAGCUCGUUGUACGGACCGUUCAGAGAUGCUGCGGGAAGUGCACCUGCAUUCGGCGACCGCAAGUGUUAUCAACUCCCUCCUCAGGCGAAGGGCCUCGCCCGACGAGCGAUCCAACGCGACGUCGCCGAGGGUGCCGACAUCAUCAUGGUUAAGCCCGCGUUGCCCUACCUCGACAUCAUUCAGGACGCAGCAGAGCUCGCACCCAAUCAUCCCCUCGCCUGCUACCAAGUCAGCGGCGAGUACGCCAUGGUUGUCGCGGGCGCUCGGGCGGGAGUCUAUGAUCUCCGCACGAUGGCUUUCGAAAGCGUGGAGAGCAUGGUCCGAGCAGGCUGCACUUUGAUUUUGACCUAUUUCACUCCGCAGUUCCUCGACUGGCUCUCAGAAUGA